UUUAUAAGGAAAAAUAACAUUAAAUAAUAUACUUCUACACAUUAUGGAGCCACUGAGUGGAUUAUCCUUGUUUUUGUGUAUAUUUUAAAUGUUUACACCAACAAUCAAUUAACCAAUAAGCAGAAUUACAUGUUAAUUAAUAUACCUAUUAAUGUAUGUGGAUUGAAUUAUAGUUAAUCAUUAAAGUACAAGAGGAUUUAGAUAUAUAUUGUAUACAUAAAAUAGGUACUUUAAAAAUGAGCAAUUUAAUGGAUUGUCUAGAUUACAAUUUAUUUGUAAAUAUUUUAACUUCAUUAAAGAGUAAUAGUGACUUAAAAUGGACAUUCAAAACUUUGAAUACUGGACAAUUUGCAUUGAACUCUCAAGGAACACAUUUAUCAAAUUAUGAAAAACAAAAAAUACUUGAACAAAAUAUAAAACUAACAAUUCUGAAGGAAAUACCAACAAAUAGUAUUAGUUUAGAUUAUGCUACAAACAAGGCAAUGGAAAUACUUGAAGAUCUUCAGAGUAUAAAAAAAAAUACAACUAUUAGAAUGAUGGGAUUUAUUUUAAUUAAAAUUCUGAAAUCCAAACUCCAAGGCUUAUAUAUAAAUGAACAAAAACUGUUAACGAUGAAAUCAAACUUUAACAAAACUCCAGUCAUAUUUGUUCCAAGUCAUAGAAGUUAUCAAGAUUUUAUAUUAAUGGCAUUCAUAUGUUUCAAUUAUAAUAUUGAUAUUCCAUAUGUUGCUGCAGCAAUGGAUUUUAAAAAUAUGAAAAUAAUGGGAAAUGUGUUGAAACAAUGUGGUGCUUUUUUCUUGCAUCGAGGAAAAAAUGCACAAGACAUUAUAUACCGAUCAGUAUUGUACACCUAUGUGAAACACUUAAUAACUUAUGAAAGUUCGCCCUUACAGUUUUUUAUUGAAGGUACACGCAGUCGAUCUAAUAAGUCUAUUCAUCCAAAGCUAGGGAUACUUAAGUGUAUUGUUAAUGUUUUAUUAAAAAAUGAUGUUCAAGAUAUCAUAAUUAUUCCAAUAUCAAUUAAUUAUGACCGCAUACUUGAGGAUAAAUUAUUUAGUUAUGAACUUCUAGGAAUUCCUAAACCUAAAGAAACAACGUUGGGAUUAAUAAAUAGCAUUAAAAAUAUGGAUGAUCAAUAUGGAAAUAUUUAUAUUAAUUUUGCUUCUCCCCUUUCACUUCAAAAAUAUAUCAGAGAUAUGAACGCAAAUGGGAAAAAUAAUGAAAAUAAUAUUAUAUUAACUCUUGCUCAUGAAAUUGUUUAUAGGCAACAACAUAAUAUGAUUUUAUCAUACUUUAACAUUUUGUCAGUUGCACUGAUUUAUAACUUAUCAAAAAAUAUGACUGAAGCUAUUCAUUUAGAUGUAAUAAUAAAUCAAGUAAGUUGGAUAAGUGCACUAUUUAAAAAAUGUGGGGCUCAAAUUGAAGUACAAGGUAUUGAUAUUACUAGAAGAAUUAUUGAUACCAUUCAACUACAUCAACACUUUGUAACAUUGAAGGAUAAUAUUAUACAUUUUCAAAAAAACUAUUUGAAACACAACAACAUUUAUCCAACUCAUUUUUCAGGAAAUCUAAAUUUUAAAAGUGAAUUGUUCGAUAAUGCAUUCCCGUUGAUUUUAAAUCAAAUUUACGUCAAUCCUACAUUACACUUUAUUAUAAAUAUUGCAUUUAUAAUUAUAAUUUCAAAAUGUCAAAUUAUUUGGAAAAAUGACAUCUUGGACUUAGAGGGAAAGUUUUUUUUAUUAAGAAAAUUAUUUGAGUUUGAGUUUGUAUUUUUUCAUGGCUGUCAGAAAGAAGAUUUUAAACAUAGUAUUUCAAUUUACCUUCAUAUAAAUGAAAAAGAGAAAGAACUACUUCGUUAUCUAACAAUCAAUCCUUAUGUAAUAUGCUAUAGACUGAUCUAUAGUUGUUUGCUAAACGCUCCUCAAAAGAUAAUAUCAGAGGAAUUUAUUUAUAAAUUAAUUCAUAUGAAGGUUGAAGAAUUACACACACAUCCCUACGGUUUAACUAAAGAUGUAAUCAAAUCUGCUUUAGAUGGACUUCAUACAAUGGAAAUAAUUAAAAAAUAUAAAAAUAACGAUACAAUAUUAUAUGAAAUAAAUACAACUUUAAUAAUGGAGUUGGUUCAAAUAUUUGAUAAUAUUAUAUCAAAUGAGAACAAUUUAUUGAAAUCAAACAUUUAAUCAAAGAUUUAUUUAAGAAUUAAAAAUAGAUACAUUUCUAACUAUUAUAAGUUAAUUCUACCUAUUAGCCUAUUACUUAUAGGCACUUAUUUUAUUUAACUACAAAUAUACUUAACUAUGUAUAAAUAUGUAUAUUGAAUGUAAUAGAAUAGUAGGUGUUGUAUGAAUGCUGAUAUGACAAAUGUUAAAAAGUUAAUAAACACUAAAUGCAUUUUUUAA